GACAGGCGGCAGCCCUCACAAAGUGAGAAGUUUUCGCCAAAGGAUUCUGUCAAAAAAUUAAUCACCUUCAUGUCGACUCUGUUGGAUACUAACCCGCCGAUGCUAUGGUUACCUUUAUUACGAUCUUACAGGUGAAUCUAGUGAUGUCCAUCCUGUUGUAUGUGAUGGUCCUCGUGUACCUCUAUGGUAUCCAGGCAACCAACAUGGACAGCAGUCGCCAGGGACAACAGCAGCAGCAGCAGCAGCCAAGUCCCGACCCCUUAAACUCCCUUAUCAUCCAGCUGCUUCAGGCUGACCUGACGAGGGGGAAGACCCGGGGGAACCAGAGCCAACAGGGGAAAAGCAGGGACACUGAGCCCCAGGACACGCUGCCUCCUCUCCUCAGUGCAAACUUUCCUUUAGAGGAGGAGGGUGAUGCAGAGCAGUGGGGGACGGGGGGUCGCAGCGGCGGGAGCAGCGACUGUGUGGUUGACCGGCAGGUGAUGCUGCUAAACUCAGACCUUCUAAGGCAGCAUAAGCGGUACAACUCACCUCGGGUGUUGCUGAGCGAUCGGCCACCACUGCAGCCGCCGCCACUGUACCUCUCAGAUGAUUACGUGACCGAUGGACUGGAUGGCGGGGCAGCUGGAAACAAGACAAGAAAGAAGCGUCAUGCUGAACACAGGAGCUAUCGUGGGGAAUAUUCUGUGUGUGACAGCGAGAGUCAGUGGGUGACGGAUAAAACCCAAGCAGUGGACACCAGGGGGGAGCCCGUCACUGUUCUGGGCAAAAUUAGAACCAGUGCCACAAAGGACAUCAAACAGUACUUUUAUGAGACACGCUGUCGGACCCCCAGGCCUUUCAAAGGUGGCUGCAGGGGCAUCGAUGACAAGAACUGGAACUCGCAGUGCAAGACUACCCAGACUUAUGUUCGAGCACUGACGCAGGUUCGCAAUUUAGUGAGCUGGAGGUGGAUACGUAUAGACACUUCCUGUGUCUGCGCUUUGUCAAGGAAACGUCAUAGGACGUAAACAAAACAAUACCAGCCCUGCUGGGGACUACAUGUUUGGAAUUCUACUUCCUGUAUAGGAUUUUAUUUCCUGAUGACAGUGCUCUCCACCACAGGAGUAUGCGUCAUGGUGGUGAAGAGCAACACUCUGCUAUAAAAUAAAAUGAUGCUUCUACUGAAGAAAUCUUGGGUCCACUUAAAUGAUAUUUCACAUUGUUGUGCUGCAAAUCCACAAGCCGGUGCAGUGCUGCUGUUAC